GCGGCUCGCCGUAUGCACGGGGCUGCGUGCGGUUGCGGGUGGCUCAACGGUGUUGAGACGGGCGACGAGCCGAGGGGUCGCCGCCAUGGGCAAGAAGCAGAAGAACAAGAACGAGGACAGUGCAAAAGAUGAUAUUGAUAUUGAUGCCCUUGCUGCUGAGAUAGAAGGUGCAGGUGCUGCAAAAGAACAAGAGCCUCAGAAAUCCAAAGGCAAAAAGAAAAAAGAGAAGAAGAAACAAGAUUUUGAUGAAGAUGAUAUCCUGAAGGAGCUGGAAGAACUGUCACUAGAGGCACAAGGAGGGAGAGCUGAGAGGGAACCUUCUGCAGGAAAGGCUGAAAAUGACAAUGAAGAUAGCUUAUCAAAACAGGACAAAAAAAGGAAAGGAAAGAGCAAAAAAGCCAAUCUUGAGAAUGACUACGACAGUGAGGAAAUGGAAGAUAAAGAUAGAAAACCUAAAAAAACUCAGAAAGCAAGACAAGACGUACUUUCUGGCAGUGAUGAUGAUGAUCUUGAGAUUCAGCCUAAGAAAAACAAAGGGAAAACUCAGAAAUCAAACAAAAAGCAUGAACUGUCAGAGGAUGAAGCUAACGUUAAGAAAAGCAAGGAGCGUGUGGGGACGUUGUCUACAGGUGAGAGCGGUGAUGAAUCGGAUGAGUUCUCCCAGCCUAGAAAAGGACAAAAGAAAAACCAAAAACCGAAGUCCACUGCUGCUACUGGAAGUGGGGAUGAGGAAGAAGAGUCAUCAUUCAAAGUAAAAACGGUAGCUCAAAAGAAGGCAGAAAAAAAAGAACGUGAAAGGAAAAAACGUGAGGAAGAAAAAGCCAAACUGAGGAAACUGAAAGAAAAGGAAGAAUUAGAAGGUGGUAAGGAACCAGCAAAGCCAAAGGAAGCUCCAAAAAAAGCUGAAGAGAAGGCUUCUCCUGAUGUCGCAGCAGCCCCUGGCCCUGGGGAAAAAGGAGAAAUUCCUGCAGGAGCAGAGGCUGAUGACAAUGAAGGGGACAAAAAGAAAAAAGACAAGAAAAAAAAGAAAGGUGAGAAAGAGGAAAAGGAAAAAGAGAAGAAAAAGGGGCCCAGUAAAGCUACAGUUAAAGCUAUGCAAGAAGCCUUGGCUAAAAUGAAAGAAGAGGAGGAGAGGGCAAAAAGAGAAGAGGAAGAACGCAUACGACGACUGGAGGAAUUAGAAGCUAAGCGCAAAGAAGAGGAACGGUUGGAACAAGAAAGGAAAGAAAGAAAGAAACAGAAAGAAAAAGAGAGGAAGGAACGUCUGAAGAAGGAGGGAAAACUUUUAACAAAAGCUCAACGAGAAGCCAGAGCCAGGGCAGAGGCUACUCUUAAACUACUUCAAGCUCAGGGUGUUGAAGUGCCAUCCAAAGACUCUGUGCCAAAGAAGAGGCCAAUAUAUGAAGACAAAAAGAAAAAGAAGCAGCAGCAGCCAGAAAAUAAAGAAGUUUCAGAAAGCUUGGAGGUGACUUCCCCAGCUGAAGAUGCAGUAGAACUAGAAACACUGGUAAAAGAAGAGUCUCCUCUUCCAGCAGAGCCAGAAGAAAAGGAGGAAGAAGAAGAAGAAGAUGCAGGCUUAGAUGACUGGGAAGCCAUGGUUAGUGAUGAAGAUGGAGAAAAAGAGAGCAAACCUGUUCACAUUGAAGUCAAAGAACAAAAUGAAGUAGAUGAGGAAGAAGAGGAGGAGGAAGAGGAUGAAGAGGAAGAAGAAGAGGAAAGCGAAGAAUCUGAGGAUGCGGAAAGUGAAGGGAGUGAAGAUGAGGAUGAGAAGACUUCAGAUGAGAGGGAUGCAGAUUCCCAAGCUACUGGGAAACAAUCUGGGGAAAGAAAGCCCAGCAAGGAAAUUAGCUCUGAUUCUGAGUAUGACUCAGAUGAUGACCGCACUAAGGAAGAGCGCGCUUAUGACAAAGCUAAACGGAGAAUUGAGAAGCGUCGAGCUGAAAACAGCAAAAAUGCCAACACUGAAAAGCUGAGAGCACCAGUUAUUUGUGUCCUGGGGCAUGUAGACACAGGCAAGACCAAAAUUUUAGAUAAGCUCCGCCAUACUCAUGUGCAGGACAGUGAAGCUGGUGGGAUCACCCAGCAGAUAGGUGCAACUAAUGUGCCCCUUGAAGCUAUUAAUGAACAAACUAAGAUGGUGAAAAAUUUUGACAGAGAGAACAUAAAAAUUCCAGGAAUGCUGAUAAUUGACACUCCAGGACAUGAGUCUUUCAGCAAUUUAAGAAAUAGAGGAAGCUCACUUUGUGACAUUGCCAUUCUCGUAGUUGACAUUAUGCAUGGUUUGGAACCACAGACAAUUGAAUCCAUAAACCUGUUGAAAUCUAAGAAAUGCCCCUUUAUUGUAGCUCUCAACAAGAUCGACAGGUUAUACGACUGGAAAAAAAGUCCUGAUACAGAUGUAGCUGUGACUUUAAAGAAGCAGAAAAAGAAUACAAAAGAUGAGUUUGAAGAACGUGCAAAAGCUAUCAUAGUGGAAUUUGCAAAACAGGGUUUGAAUGCUGCCUUGUUUUAUGAGAAUAAGGAUCCCCGCACUUUUGUUUCUCUUGUACCUACCUCUGCUCACACAGGGGAUGGCAUGGGAAGUCUGAUAGCUCUUCUCGUUGAGCUAACGCAAACUAUGCUGACCAAGAGAUUGGCUGAGUGUCAAGAACUGAGAGCUCAAGUCAUGGAGGUUAAAGCACUGCCAGGCAUGGGCACUACCAUAGAUGUUAUUUUAAUUAAUGGACGCCUGAGGGAGGGAGACACCAUUAUUGUUCCUGGUGUAGAAGGUCCCAUAGUGACUCAGAUUAGAGGUCUUCUGCUACCUCCUCCUAUGAAGGAGCUACGAGUUAAGAACCAAUACGAAAAGCACAAAGAGGUGGUUGCUGCUCAAGGUGUGAAGAUUCUUGGGAAAGAUUUGGAAAAAACAUUGGCUGGUUUGCCAUUGCUUGUAGCUCAUAAAGAGGAUGAAGUCCCAGUCCUCAAGGAUGAACUGAUACACGAACUGAAGCAAACACUGAAUGCAAUCAAGUUAGAAGAGAAGGGUGUUUAUGUCCAGGCUUCUACUUUAGGGUCUUUGGAAGCAUUACUUGAAUUUCUUAAAACGUCAGAAGUGCCAUAUGCAGGAAUUAACAUAGGUCCUGUCCAUAAAAAAGAUGUUAUGAAGGCAUCCGUUAUGUUGGAACACGACCCCCAAUAUGCAGUCAUCCUGGCAUUUGAUGUGAGGAUCGAACGUGAUGCGCAGGAAAUGGCUGAUAGUUUAGGAGUGCGAAUUUUUAGUGCUGAAAUAAUUUAUCACUUAUUUGAUGCCUUCACAAAAUACAGACAAGACUACAAAAAACAGAAACAAGAAGAAUUCAAGCAUAUAGCAGUAUUUCCUUGCAAGAUGAAAAUACUCCCUCAGUUUAUUUUCAACUCCCGUGACCCAAUAGUGAUGGGUGUGGUUGUGGAGGCAGGCCAGGUGAAGCAGGGGACUCCCAUGUGUGUACCCAGCAAAAACUUUGUUGACAUUGGAAUAGUUACAAGUAUUGAAAUAAACCACAAGCCAGUGGAAGUGGCAAAAAAAGGCCAAGAAGUGUGUGUUAAAAUAGAACCUAUUCCUGGUGAAUCACCGAAAAUGUAUGGACGGCAUUUUGAAGCCACAGACAUCCUCGUCAGUAAGAUCAGCCGUCAGUCCAUCGAUGCUCUGAAGGACUGGUUCAGGGACGAAAUGCAGAAGUCUGACUGGCAGCUCAUAGUGGAGCUGAAGAAGGUGUUUGAAAUCAUCUAGAUAACUUUUUACAGUGAUGGGAGGCAGGAAUAGACUUGCUAUUCCUGUUUUGAUAGUUACCAACAAAGUCGUAUACUGAAGACAGUGUUGGAUGUGUUUGGGAGGAAAAUAUGUGGAUAAAAUGUUUUCCAUGAGAAACCAAGAAAUUUACACUGGUUUGACAGUGGUCAAUUUACAUGUUCCCACGGUUCCAAUGUGCCUGUUCACCUGUUCCCACCGCCCUUCCCAAUACUGGCUGCUGUUUUAAAGUUUGCCCUUUCUUCUCUUACACCUUCCUUCCACCCUUUUUCCCUCCUCUCUCCAAAAUAAAGUAAAAUAAAUUGAAUUUUUAUUACAGAACUAAAGCUCUUUCACUUUUAUACUGAUGAGAUCAGUACUGCAGUAUUUGAUUAACUAAGCUUCUGCAGACUUUGUGAUUCUUGGGACAUUUUUGAUGUAAGAAGUACUUCUUUAUUUAUGCAUACCUCUUUCCUUGAUUCUCUUUUCCAACAUUCUUCUGCUUUGUGCCUAUAGACAUUUUUUUAAAUAGACAACUAGGCAAUUGGAUCUUUCUGUAUUUGCUUUGUGUGAAAUGAUGUAAAGCAUAGUUGGCCGCCUUCUACUGCUUGUACAGUUCAUGACAGUCAACCUGUAAUCAUUAUAACGCAGAGCUGCAAUAAAGGAGAUGGACAUA